CCUGGCGCACCUCUCCUCUCCUUUGUACCUACUGCCGCAGUCGCUCUCCCUGCCCUGGUCCCGGCACCAUGAACUUCGGCUCGGAGCACUACCUGUGUGGCCCCUCUUCUUAUCGCAAGGUGUUCGGAGACAGCUCUCGUCUGUCCUCGCGCCUCUCCGGGACUGGCAGCGCGGGCAGCUACCGCUCGCAGUCGCUGUCCCGCUGCAAUGUGGCCUCCUCGGCCGCUUGCUCCUCGGCCUCGUCUCUUGGCCUGGGCCUGGCCUACCGCCGGCCUCCGGUGUCCGACGGGCUGGACCUGAGCCAGGCGGCGGCACGCACCAAUGAGUACAAGAUUAUCCGCACCAACGAGAAGGAGCAGCUGCAGGGCCUCAACGACCGCUUCGCGGUGUUCAUCGAGAAGGUGCAUCAGCUGGAGACGCAGAAUCGCGCGCUCGAGACCGAGCUGGCCGCGCUGCGGCAGCGCCACGCUGAGCCUUCGCGCGUUGGCGAGCUCUUCCAGCGCGAGCUGCGAGACCUGCGCGCGCAGCUGGAGGAGGCGAGCUCGGCUCGUGCACAGGCCCUCCUUGAGCGCGACGGGCUGGCGGAGGAGGUGCAGCGGCUGCGGGCGCGCUGUGAGGAGGAGAGUCGCGGGCGCGAAGGCGCCGAGCGCGCCCUGAAGGCGCAGCAGCGCGACGUGGACGGUGCCACGCUGGCCCGCCUAGACCUAGAGAAAAAGGUGGAGUCGCUGCUGGAUGAGCUGGCCUUCGUGCGCCAGGUGCACGACGAGGAGGUGGCCGAGCUGCUGGCCACGCUGCAGGCAUCGUCGCAGGCAGUGGCCGAGGUGGAUGUGGCUGUAGCUAAACCAGACCUGAGUUCGGCGCUGAGGGAGAUCCGCGCCCAGUAUGAGUCCCUGGCCGCCAAGAACCUGCAAUCAGCCGAGGAGUGGUACAAGUCCAAGUUUGCCAACCUGAACGAGCAGGCGGCGCGCAGCACCGAGGCCAUCCGGGCCAGCCGCGAGGAGAUUCACGAGUACCGGCGCCAGCUACAGGCACGCACCAUCGAGAUUGAGGGCCUUCGUGGAGCCAAUGAAUCCUUGGAGAGGCAGAUCCUGGAGCUGGAGGAGCGACACAGUGCUGAAGUGGCUAGCUACCAGGAUAGUAUUGGGCAACUGGAGAAUGAUCUGAGGAACACCAAGAGUGAGAUGGCACGCCACCUUCGGGAAUACCAGGACUUGCUCAAUGUCAAAAUGGCUCUUGACAUUGAGAUAGCAGCUUACAGGAAGCUGCUGGAAGGCGAAGAGACACGUUUUAGCACCAGUGGAUCAAGCAUUUUAGGGCUGAAUCCACUUCCCAAUCCAGGUUAUCUGCUCCCGCCUAGAAUCCUCAGUUCUACAACUUCCAAAGUGUCAUCCACUGGGCUGUCUCUUAAGAAAGAGGAGGAGGAGGAGGAGGAGGAAGAGGAGGCUUCUAAGGUAGUCUCUAAGAAAACCUCCCAGAUAGAGGAAAGUUUUGAAGAAAUAUUGGAGGAGACAGUAGUAUCUACUAAGAAAAGCGAGAAAUCAAAUAUAGAAGAAAGCACCAUUUCAAGCCAAAAAAUAUAAUUCUGUUGCUUAAAAAGAGUUAACGCUUAAGAGGGGAUAAUAUGCAUUUGCCUUGUUAAACAGCCUAUUCCUGACCCAAUACACCUGUCACCACUAUAAAAUGUCUUCAAGGCUUCAGUCUCACAUUUAGCAUCGAAUGCUUACAUUCUCUAAUAAGAAAACCACCCUUAAAUUGGAGCAAACUGCAGUCCUAGAGCCAUCACAGAGGAGUUAUCUAAGAACACAGCUUUCUCACCUAGAACUCGGGCUUUGCAGUGAUAGAUGAUUCACGUACAGAGGAAGUACAAACUAAGGUGCUAAAUCUGUGAUCAUCAUCAUUUGUUGUGAAUUGAAAUUAAAACCUAUUUCACUCACUAUAACCAACCAUUGCCCAGCUGUAUAAUCUCACUCUAGAUAUCUAAAAUAUAAGAUCACUGCCAAAGACAAACUAAUGGUCCACACCCGACCACUCUAAUAUGACCGUUUCACAAAUGAUAGGUGUUUAAUGGACACUUUUCCUCCCACACCCCUCAAUUCCAUAUAUUCUUUUCUUCUAUUCAGAAAAAAAAAAGCUAGUGUAGUAUUUUCCCCUUUUAAACACAUUUAGACUUUCCUCAAAAGAACUUACCCCUUUAGCUCUCUUUUCUGAUGGGUAAAAUAAGAUGCAUGUUGACCAUUUCUAUGAUUCAUGUAAUGACUUCCCCCUGCCCAUUUCAUAUCCUUCCAAUUCUGCAGGUUAAAACAAAAAUGGCAGUGAUAAGUUUUAAGGGUUGCCUUCAAUAUAUAAAAUAAUGAAGACUCUGUAGAUUUUAGGCUUUUCAGCUUAACAAAUUCAUUUAAUUAGGGAAAAAAAAAAAUCCUACUCAAUUAAGAAUGUAGCUUUUCACCUUAAUAUUAGAAACACAGUAAUAGUUAGCCCAAGAUCCCAAGCUGUGAUUAAGCUGACCUUAGAUUUAGUAAUAUAAGCUAGAAGAGGUGAAUAUUUGUACGAAUGGAAAAAGUGAAGGUCUCAUUUAUCUGUCGGUUCGUUUGUGGUGAUAUAGAAUUAGUUGUUUCAUGCCCUUAUCCUUAGAAUCCACAUAUCCCCCUUGCUACCAGUCUAGUUCCUAAACAGGCCUUGUUUUCACUCUCUUAAGCCUUUUAAGAGUGCUCAGUGUAGAUUAUGUUAUUACCAGGACACAAUGCUACUGCCCCAAAGCAAAAGAAGUCACUCUGGUCAAUCAAUACCACCAGCAAAUAUAAAAAAAGCAAUCUUUCUCUUUUCUAAAAGAGUCUUGCCCAACAGUUUUCCCACUGCUGCAUGGUUGGUGGGCUCCCUGCUGGAGAGGAGGAGACACCCAGACCAGAUAAGGGACACAUAUGCUCCUACUCACAUGCUAGGAAGUAAGUUCUGGAGGAUCAACUUCUCGCCUGCCUAACUGCAGCAGCUGCAUUGCCUAGUCUUCCACGUGUGCCAAGUUUGAUGCAGGAUUAAUUCUCUGCCAGCAGUCACUUCACCAGAGCUAACGAGUUGCCAUGUCUCUGUCACACUUCUCCAUUAGAGCUCUGUGGUGAAAAGGAUGUGAGGCUUUUACUGAACUUUCUUAUCCUAGCACAUGCUUCCAUAGUUUAAGGAACUCGAAAGAUACUUUUCUCUUCUUCCUUUCCCUCACUCUAUCCUGUCUUUACUCCCCACACUUACUGUAAAACAUUAGUAAAAUAAGAAUUAAAAGUCACAUGAAUCCCACCAA